UUGAACAAAAAAUUUCUCUUUGGCUAGCGAGAUGUGGGGAGUAAAAUUGGGAGUGUUGGUGCUAGGGCUUCUAGUUUUGGUGCCCGAUCAAUCCACACAAUUGAACAUUGAUCACCCUCUCCAUAGUGUUGUCCAAAACAUUAAUCUCGAAUUCGGCCCAUUUUUAGGGCUGGUAAUCUCUAGUGGUAGAGACGAGAACGUCCUUACAAACUCUACUUAUUUCACCCCUCACAAACCUAUUCCUUCCCUCACUAUUUCUGGAAGAAAAUUCAACUUUGGGAAGUUCCAAGGCGUACCGGCAAUCUAUGUUCUUGCUGGGGAGCCAUUGGCAAAUGUAGGAGCGACCGUGCAACUUCUUGUCGAUUUAUUCCCUCUCUAUGGUAUUGUACACUAUGGAUCUGCUGCAACUGUAACCCACAAGGUGUUAAUUGGAGAUGUUGUUGCGCCCUCACAAGUGGCCUUCACCGGUUCAUGGAGGUGGCAUGUCGGUAUUUCGUGAAAUUGGAUUAAUUAUAUACAGAAUAAUAGAUUAGCCGAUUGAAAUGGAUUAUCAAUUUUUCAGAUAAUCAACUCUGUGAAUUUUGGGAGGGGUUUUGAAAUUGAGAGGAAUGAAUAUAUGAAAUAUAGGACAUUUAUCUAUGAAAA